ACAAAUAAAAUUCACAUUUAUAAAAUUACUUUUAAUAGAAUGUCGGCCACUCGAUUUGAAUGUUAUGAGGGAGAAAUAUUAAAUCAUCACUUAAAUCGUUAAAUAUUACUUAUUAAUUAGACUUCAGCCUAUUUUUUUUUUUUUAAUGAUGAAAUGAUAUAAAUUAAAAAAUAAUUUGAUAUUCUUUUUUUUUCCCACAAUUUUUUAUCAUAAUUCUUGUUUCGCUUUAAUCAAGUUCAAAUAUGUCAGAAGGAAUUUCGAGGAUUAAGAGACAAUAUCCACCUGAAGAAGAGGACGCAAGUCGAUUAAAAUUCAACGAAGAAUUUAAAAAUGGAACUGUUUCCGAAUUUUCUUGUUUGAGUUUAUCUGAAGUCGCUAUUAUGUUGGAACAAACGAAAUUGGGAAAUCCCGAAAAUCAUGGGGCGAUUGUUGAUAAAAUGAUAGAUUAUUGUAAGACUUAUCGAACGUUUAAAGACAAAGAAACUGUACAAGAAAUUCGUAGAACCUUGAAUAAGUACGAACUGCAUGAGUAUGAAGUUUCCCAAUUAAUUAACUUGAUUCCUGGUAGUGUCGAAGAAGCAUUAUCUUAUAUUCCCAGGUAAACAAAAUCAUGUAACAAACGCCAAGAGUCGAUCAGGCAGAAAUGAUCAACAUUCGCUAUGUCAUAUUCACUGUAUUAAAACGUUCUAUAUUUUAUUUGCAGCUUGAGAUCAAAAUUUUCAAAUGAAAAAAUUAAUGAAAUUAUUGAAGAUGUUAACGAAUUAAAGAAAUAUCAAGGGUAGAACUUUCAUUUCAAAGAAUUCAUAAAUAUUAAUUUUAAAAUUGGCUUUUGCUAUAAGUAAAUAUUCGUU